AUGUAUGUCAACCAUAUGUUACUUUCAGGAGGGGCCCUCACUGCAUGUUGUUGGUCUCCAGGUAAGUGCCCAUUGUGAAAAUCCACUUGUGUGUGAUGUGAUGUGGUGCCUUCUUUAACCUAUUCUCCCGUUUUCCCUACUGAUGAGCCUCAACUUCAUGGCUAGUGCCUCAUGUGGUCUGCAGAAAAAUAAACUUUAUUGAAUUGGAAAGGGAAGUCAGAGGCCAAGACAUCUGCAGUGCUGCAGACUCAACAGAAUGCAUGUUUAUUGAACAAUUACUGAUGUUCUCAAUUUUUUUUGUGGGAAAAAGAAUGUUUUUUGCUCUUUAAUUUACUCCUGUAGUAAUUUCAGAACGUUUUGAUCCUCAGUUUGAGUCAUAGAUGACUGACAGCCAUCAUAACAGUUCGGUCAACACUGGCUCUCUGCACUUUUUCACUUUGCCUUUGCUCAGUUAAGAGUGGUCAGUCACUGACCACUGCAGACAGACACCUGAGAUGACCAAGUCUGAGGCACCGUGAAGCGAGUGUCUGCCCACAGUUAUUGAUCUGCUGAAGGAAGCCACUCUGAAAAGACCUUCUCAGUCUUUUUAUCCAGUGAAAUCACUGCUGCGUCACUGUUUCCUGUGCAGUUCACUUUUCCACUUUUCCCUUUUUUCCCUCUUCGCAGUGAUACUGAGAACUUUCCCUCUGCAGUAGAACAAGUUUCCUGGCUGCACAGCCCGUCUGCUCAAGAAUGGACCACUAAAGGGUCCGCGCACGCACAAAAGCGAGAGGCGAGUCGGUGGACUGAGGAUCAUGACUGCCAACAAAAGUUCAAAGGCUGUGCCCCGUGCAGGAGGGGGUAAAGUUCCACGGGACAUACCUGACAGGUGCCGUUCUACGUCCCCCUGUCCUGUACUAUCUGUGUGUCAGGGUCAGAGUUCGCAGUUCAUUCUCAGUGACGGCGAAAACUCCAAAAAACAGAGCAAGUACGCUCGGACAGACGGCAGGUUCUUGGUGCGUGCCGACCUCCAAAGCACUAGACGGGACACUGAGUGUGGACGUCUUAUAAAGUCCAAGAGCAUCAGUUGUCUGGACAACAGGCUCUCUAUUUACAAGCCCCCAACUCAAGCCAAGGUGUGUGAGACAAGUAAAGAAAACCAGGAACAGAAAGAAAACCAAGAGGACCUUUCUAAAAGCAAAGGGAUCAAUGGACGGCGCUUAAGUACCAGCACUCUUUCCCUCGGACCUCCCUUACAUCAAGGACACAAACGUACCUUCUCCCUCAACCGCUCCGUCACCGGCGUUCCACCGGAUACGAUCCGCAAGAAAAUCUCAGAAUGGGAAUGCAGGAAAGUGGUUCUCCCUAGGAUGAGUUUGUGUGUGGAUAAGAGACUAGGAACUGAGCGGGUCGGGGGCAGUGAGGGUUGCCCGAGUUUGCUCUCUUCUCCCUGCAGUGAGAAGGCCUUUGACUUUCAGGGGGUUCGCAGGAUGAGCACUGCGUUUUCAGAAUGCUCCUACACAGAAGAAGAAGAGAGGGUCGCCAGCAAGGAUGGACUCGGUCGCUUCCAAAAAAGAAUCAAUAAAACAGAUUCUUCUGGAAUAUAUGUGCGUUCUCUAUCUGCCCGGAAGGAGACUUCCGCAGUCCUGAACAGGAUUCAAAAGAUAGAACAAGCCCUAAAGGAGAACCCGAGCCCACCACCUCCACGUUAUUUGAGUAACUGCUACGCACAAGACAAAUUGAGACAAAAGUCUUUUGUGAUCGGUGAGGACUUUAACAGCACAUGCACCAGCAAACGCAGCAGCAUCUGCUCCGUGGCCACCGAACCAGACACUGCUUUGGUGUCAGAGAAGCUUUCUAAAGUCAGACAAAGGUUAAGUCUGAGUUCAGCAAGGUCUGAAAGCCCAGAACCACAGUGCCUACAGAUUGCUAUUAGCACGCCAGUUAACCCCCUACCCAAGCCUAAACGCACUUUUGAGUAUGAUGCCAAACGAGAAGAGAAGCAGGCUUCACCAGCAAAUGGACUACCUCCAGCCCUGGAGUCACCUCCACCUCUACCCUCCACUCCCGCACCCUGUCUGAAAAAAUCAACAGGGAGCAUGCCCAUCAGAAUUCGAGACAGAGAUUCCUGUGAAUCAGAAGAUGCUGGAAGUCUGCUUUCCUCAUAUCCGUCCUCCCCGACAGACAAUGGAAAACUGACCACAGACGUCCAAAAUCGAUCCAGUUUCAAAAGCACUUUAGAAGAGAAUGCCUACGAGGACAUUAUAGAGAAGGAGAACCCAUAUGAGGAUGUAGACCUUAAGAGGAGAAGCUUUGGUCGGAAGACUAACCAUUUAGAGAGCAACAGGUCGUGGUCGGCAAAAGAGCGGAAAUUAAACUCUCCACCUCAGUUGCCAUCCAAACCCAGCAGCCAGUCUCUUCGCCUUUCCGGUUCCAGCGACAGAAAAACCCCACGACUGUCACAUUUACCUAAACGCCACAGCCAUGAUGAAAUGCUGUUGGGUGUUUCUCCGUUACAGUGUGGUCUGCUGGAUGAAAGCAUCUGUGCCACUACUGAUACCAUGGCCUCACACAGGCACUGGAGGAUCCCUAAGCUGGUUCAGAGGAUCAAUUCCAUUUACUGCACUAAACGAGGAAAGAAAAGACUUAAAAAGCUCUCCAUGACCAAUCUUGAGACGGCAUCUUUGAGAGAUGAUAACAGUGAAAGUGAAAGUGACUCGGACGACAGGUUUAAAGCUCACACCCAGAGGUUGUUGAAACUGCAGUCCUUCCUUCGCCGGGCCCCGAGCUAUCGUACGCUGGAGCUUCAGCUAAUUGAGUGGCAGGAGCGAGAACUUUUCGAGUACUUUGUGGUCGUGUCUUUGAAAAAGAAACCCAGCAAAAAUUCCUACGUGCCUGAAGUGACCUAUCAGUUCCCCAAGCUAGAGAGACACACCAAGCAGAUCAGGGAGGCAGAACAGCGACUCAAAGCAAUACCACAGUUCUGCUUUCCUGAUGCCAAAGACUGGAGUCCGGUAUCUGACUAUUCCAGUGAGACGUUUUCCUUCAUGUUGACUGGAGAGGACGGCAGCAGGAGGUUUGGCUACUGCAGGCGGCUUCUGCCGAGUGGGAAAGGAGCACGUCUUCCUGAAGUUUACUGCGUCAUCAGCAGGCUGGGCUGCUUUAACCUGUUCUCAACGAUUCUGGAUGAAGUGGAGCGGCGGCGGGGCAUUUCAGCCGCUCUGGUUUAUCCCUUCAUGAGGAGUCUGAUGGAGUCACCCUUCCCUGCUCCGGGGAAGAUCAUCAAAGUCAAGACCUUCCUGCCUGGUGCUGGAAACGAGAUCAUUGAACUGCGGAGACCCACUGACUCCAGACUGGAACAUGUUGACUUUGACAGUCUGUUUAGUUGUCUCAGUGUACGUCAGGUCAUUCGGGUGUUUGCCUCUCUGCUGCUGGAACGCAGAGUCAUUUUUGUGGCUGAUAAACUCAGUACCUUGUCCAGCUGCAUGCAUGCGGUGGUGGCGCUGCUCUACCCUUUCUCCUGGCAGCACACCUUCAUCCCCGUCCUGCCCGGGUCCAUGCUGGACAUCGUCUGUUGUCCCACCCCUUUCCUCGUCGGGCUGCUCUCCAGUUCAUUGCCGAAAAUCAAAGAGUUGCCUGUUGAAGAAGCGUUAAUGGUGGACCUGGGAACAGACCGCUUCAUCAAACAGAUGGACGACGAGGCCUCGCUGUUGCCACGGAAACUUCAAGCCGCUCUUGAGCAAGCCCUGGAGCAACGGAAUGACAUCAUCAAUCAGGACUCAGACAGCGAGUCAGACGAAGAGUACAACUCCUUGAACAGUUUGGUGUCGGAGGCGUUCAUCCGCUUCUUCCUGGAGACCAUCGGUCACUACUCCUUGUUCAUCACUCAGAAUGAACGUGGCGAACGUGUUUUCCAAAGAGAGGCUUUCCGCAAGUCGGUGGCAUCCAAGAGCAUCCGCCGGUUCCUGGGGGUCUUCAUGGAGUCCCAGAUGUUUGCAGGCUUCAUUCAAGACCGUGAGCUGAGGAAGACUCGGGCCAAAGGUCUUUUCGAGCAGCGGGUGGAACAGUAUCUUGAGGAGCUACCGGACACAGAGCAGAGCGGUGUCAACAAGUUCCUCAAAGGUCUUGGAAAUAAAAUGAAGUUUCUGCACAAAAAGAACUAAGGGAAAUCCUGCCGCCAGCAGCCGGACGCUGUCACUGAUCCCUUUCAUCGUAAUCUUGUACAUAAUUCACAGCUAUUUCUUCUUUUUUUUUUUGUUUGUUUAUAGGACUUGGCAAAAUAAUAAUGACGAUAAUAAUAAUAAUGGGUACAUGAUGUGUGAGCCGAAAAGUAACCACUGAUGUUCCUUAAACGUGUGACCUGUGUCGAGAGAUGAGCGUUGUUGUUGUUGUUGUUGUUGUUGUUGUACAGUUUGUAUUCUUCACCACAGUCAACUGAACAGCCAGAACUAUGAAGAACUUUUACAGUCUUUUAAUAAA